AUGAUCCAGGUGCCUCUAAGACUUUAUUCCUUGGAUGAAUUGAGGCUGAAUGGAAUCGAUGCAUCGUCUCUUUUGUCACCAGUGGAUGCAACACUUGGUUCAAUAGAAAGAAACCUGCAACUUGCUGCCUGGAAUGUGCUUGGCUUUAGCCCACAACAAGUUCUAUAUUUUUCUCUGGGGCUGCUGUUUCUAUGGACACUGGAUUCACAUGAAGCUGGGCAUUUCUUAAUCGCUUACUUAAUGGGCAUUCUUCCCAAAGGAUACACACUAACUAGUUUGGAAGCUUUGAAGAAGGAAGGAUCUCUAAAUGUUCAAGCUGGGACCGCUUUUGUGGAUUUUGAAUUUGUUGAAGAAACACUGAACAGAUUCUCACGUAUAGCACUGGCGGGUGUGGCGGCCGAGUAUCUUUUAUAUGGAAUUGCUGAGGGAGGCCUUGCUGACAUUAACAAGUUGGACAUGCUACUCAAAAGCUUGGCCUUCACACAGAAGAAAGCGGAUUCCCAAGUCAGAUGGUCUGUACUGAAUACAGCCCUACUUUUGGAGCUUGCCGUUAUUCCAUCCAUUUCUUUCUAG